CCGACUUCCGCUUGGUCGGACUCGCCACAUGCUCCUGUGACCCGGGCUCGGGCGGACAGGAUGGAGGAUGGGGAAUGGCCGACCUUCGUCUUGCAUCCGCACCAUCACCUCCGUACGUAACGACUGGCCGAUCCCCCAGGCAGGCGAGGGUAGCGCAGACGGUACAGAACUCCAUCCAGGGGACGACAGCUACGCCUUGCGGCCUUACCUAUGCCGGCGAGCGAACAGAGACGAGAAAGCGCACGAAGCUAGCAAUAAUGAAGAAGACAUAGAAGUGAAGCGAGCUCGAGGAGAGAUAUCUUGGCAGAAUUGUUGCAGGCUGAAGCUGAAGUGCGACAAGAAGCUUCCCUGUGGCUCGUGUGUCCGCAGAGGCUGCACGUCUAUUUGUCCGAACGGGAGUCUGUCCGCCGGGCAAGGGACCAGGUUCAUACUCGCCGACACCGAGCAAUUGCACCGCAAGAUAGCCGAGAUGAGUGAGCGGAUCCGUCAGCUAGAGGACACCGUCGCCAUAUUCCAAGCUGGUGUCUCCAAUGAACGACAUCCGCUUCUCCGGGACGACCUGCUGAGCAUCAAAUUUGGCCCGGAAGUUCGUCGGACUGUGGAUGACGAGCAUCGGAGGGAAACAUUGUCUUCAGCUAUAGAUGCCCUUGGCACAUUGACGAUCGGUUCUCACGGAGAGACGAAAUACUUCGGUCGAUCGGGCGGCUCUGAGACAAACAUGCCGAACGACGAAGAACCCGUGGAGAAUCCAGAGGCGGUGGACGAUGUUCCUGAGCUGCCUGCUGAGUUGGCCAACCUGCAUCUGGCGUUUCCGCUCUCAUUCUCGGACGAAGGUCAUGAACGUUAUCUGGAUCAACUGGAAGCUUUGCUACCCAUGCAUCCACGUGCAUCGGCCCUUUGCGAGGCGUACCUCGCGCACUUCACCUGGUACAGCCGACCGAUCAAGCGUGACGAGCUAAUCGACGAUAUCCUCACACCUAUAUAUAAUUCGAUGAAGACUAACGCGUCCGGCGACAGAACAGGCUAUCGUGCGGGAGGAACGGACUCGUCUCGCUGUCCCCAUCUGCUCGCUGUGCUAUAUCUGGUGCUUGCUAUUGGUGCGCUUGUUGACUUAACGAUGCCACCGUGCAGCGCGGAGGCGGAGAAAUACUACCGCCUGGGUCGAAUAGCUCUAUCUAUGAGGUCUAUAUUGGAUUCCCCAGAAAUCGAGACCGUGCAGGCGGUCACCCUCAUGGCUGCCUACCAUAGUCUAUGCACCCUGCGAUACAGCAUAGAAAGUGCUUGGACCUUGGCUUCGCUUGCGACGAAACUCGCUCAGAGUGUACAUCGUGACAGUAAACAGUGGAAGAUGGAGGAGAAAAAUGUCCAGCGGAGGCGGAACCUGUUCUGGGAGAUAUUCGUCUUGGAACUUAUCCAUUGUAUCGCACUGGGUCGUCCACCGUCCAUCAAUUUGGCGCACAUCGACUGUGAGCUUCCCACUGACGAGGAUGCCGCCGUCGCGGACAAUGGCGACACGAUGCAAGGGUAUUGGCAUUUCAAGAUGCUCUUUUCUCGCGACAUCUACUCCCCUAUCGUCGAAAGCAUGCUUGCCGCCAAGGGACCUACUUACAACACCAUACUGGAUCUCGACCGGAGGAUUCGUCAAAUGACGCUACCUCCGAUCAAGCUCUACCUCCGACCGGACGACGACGAUUACAACAACCCUGCUUUGUGUAUGAAGAGUUACCUCAUGUCGCACUAUCGUUCCCUCACAAUGAUACAUAUCCAUCGGACAUUCUUUGCCCAAGCUCUGCUCGACAACCCCAAUAGCCCGCUCUCCAGUCCCUACGCACCUUCGUUCCUUGCUGCGAAUCGCUGUGCAUCCAUCCUCUUGAAAUCCUUCAUACACCAUCACGAACGUUGCAGUGAACUUUGUGGCCGUUUCUGGGGAAUGUGGACUCAUGCAUUCUCCGCGGCGAUCAUCAUCGGUGCAACCGUGAUACGCAUGCCGCAAUCAAGCCUUACACCCAGCGCUCUCAUGGAGCUCGACCUCGCUGUAGGAGUCUUCGAGAAAGGCGCAGUUAGCUCACUUCGUGCGAGACAAGGCCUGCCGAUCUUGCGGAAGAUUCGCGACCGGGCCAAAAAAGCCUACGAAGAGUAUCGCGACAGGCAUCUCAACCCGGCGACCAACGGGACUCCAGCCCAGAUCCCAGAGGAGUACCAACAGGCGCUCGCGAUUUUCGGAGGUCAGACGAGGGUGUUGCCUAGCAGAGCUCUCUCGCGUAGACGCCAACGGAAGUCUGGACGGGCUACCACAGACAGUCCGUGGAGUGCGAGCCAGGCAUCGAGUCAACAUUCGCCAACAUCGUCAAGUUCUGCGGUGACUCCUCCGCCGGCACAAACACCGAGUGACAGUAGCGGGGGCUCUCCCUCGCCCGAGUUCCAGCCCCAUCCCGCGCUCAUGAUGUACCUGUCACAAGUCCCGUCGAACUCGCCUUUCCAGUCCGCAGACCUUCAAGCGCUACAAGUUCCAUCCUGCCCACCACCAGCCCCUGCGCCAGUACCCCCCUUUCCGACAGUCCCUACCCCUGACCACAACCAUACACUCAUCGAUUCCUAUCCCCAAGGUGCUCAGGCGGACUUGGAUUUCCUCAACAGUCUGCUGUCGAACCCUCAGUAUCAGUCCGUACCGACAUUCCCGAACGACGCCGUGAUGAGCGACCAGUGGAUGUCUCUCAUGCAGGAGACCGGGCUGUUUGAGGGCAUGGAGGGUAUUGAGAAUGACACUUUCACGCCCAACCUGUUCUCGUUCUGAUGUAGCGUGCCCGAUUGUGCUAUGGAUGUAUGUGAUGUAUAGGUGGUAGUAUGAUCUGUCUCCGUCGUUGUAUUGACUAGUGCUCUCGGCUUUUUGUUGUUGUCUACAGCGUAACGUAUCGUUCUCGUUUGUACUGAUAAGUAGUUACACUUAAUUAUAGCUCGCAUGUCUGUCAUAUUACUCACGUAUAGUCACAGCUCGCGAUUCACAAACUUGCACAUCGCAUGCGCAGGAGGGCGGUGGUAUCCGUGCGUCCAUUGAGUCUUUCCAUCAAUUCUUCAUCGACAGUAGAGCAAAUGGACAUUGGAUGCGAACUCCUCGGAACUUGAGUAAGUACUAUCAUGAU